AUGGCAGCCACCUUCGCCCGCCAUCACAACUUCGACCAAAUCCCCACGUACAAUCACGGUAACGCCAUCGCGACCCCACAGCCUCCUUACGAUGCCUAUGCCGCGUCGCAUCAUCAUGUCGCAGUCCGCCACAGCAACAUGGCAGCCUAUUGCGAGCCUACCACCAGCGCUCAACAUGCUGCCAGUAUGAACGACAACGGGCAACAGCACGAGAAUAGCUACUCUCCAGACGACACGCCUGGAAAGCGCGAAAGUCUCCAGCAUGGCUUGGCUGGCCAACAUCACGGUUACAGGAUCCACAGCCCUACGUCCGAAGCAUCUUACAUCGGCAUCCAGCACAACUCGGCACGCGCACCCCUAAACAAUGACGCGCCCGACCGGCAAUUCGCUAUGCUCCCGCCUUCCAAUUCGAUACACGCUUCAUGGCAAGCCCUCCAUGAUUAUGCGCAAUCGCACGCCUCGGAAAACGGAUACGCGCUAUCUAUCAAUACGACAGCUAAGAACCGGUCGCGCAUCAAACUCGCCUGUGUCUGCUAUGGCCAACCAAAGAAUACCCACAAGCUUACAGCCGAGACGAGGGUCAGAAAGAAUAGGGUCAGCUAUAAGACAGGGUGCAAAAUGUGGAUCGAGGGCAAGAAACAGGACGACGGAACAUGGCUAUUGCGCGUCGGCGAACCACAACACAAUCAUCCCGGACGCGAGAGUGCUGGAUGGGCUGUACAACGGAAGAGGACAUGGGGUGUAGUAGGGGGUCGCAUCGGGGUGGGAGGCGUCACAGCGAAGGAAGAACUCGCCAAGUCGAGCCUGAUGGAUAACAAGGAUACCCUCGACGACGUGGACGCCGAAGCCGACGGCGACGAAGACACGAUCAGCGCAUCUACACAGGCACCAAAGAAGUCGCAACAUAGUCUCGAGCGAGGAGGUCUCGUGUGGAAGAUUGUCGAACAGGAGAUGCUACGAAAGGGCGAACCCAACCAGGGUCGCGACCGAGGCGUAGGAAGGACAGUCGAGGUGCUACAAGCAAGACUACCCGGCAUACACAUUUUCAAGCGCGACGUAUAUAACAUACGAGCGCAGAUAAAGAGGGCUCGGAAAGCAGCAGGCCAGCAAGUCGGCGACGGCCUCAACAGCUCAGACGACGAAGCUGAAGCCGACGCCGAAACCGAUCUCCACGACACCGUACAACUCAACGCUGAUACCAGUACUCAUCAAUCAACCCAACAAGCCGCUCCGCAGAGACAAAGCACAUACCACCACCCCACUUCUCGCGCCCUCAAACCGCCCGCACCCUUCCCGCUUGCCCGAAAAGAUUCACGCAUCGAUCCUCUACUAGACAGCCGUGGGCCACCACCACCACCACCGACGCCUUCCGAGGCCGUCGAUAUAGAAGUCGAUCAAUUGAGGCGGGAGAAUGCAGAGCUGAGACGAUUAUUGACGGAGCGGACGAAGCAGGAGAUCAAGGACAAGACUACGGAGAUGGCGGCACUGAAGAGUCAGGUUGAGCUGUUGAGUAAUAUGAUGAUGACGAGUGGGAGGGGGUUGAUUGGAGGGUAG